AUAAUUCUUAACUCAGUAAUUUCUGCAGCGGGAAAGCAAAUGAGACCAUGAACAAACCUUUCCUGCCUGCUUUCUCCUUAAACUCUUCAACUUCACCAUCUUCUCCAGAAAAUGGAGGAUUCACAUUUACUUCGGGCGUCACUGACCAAACCAAUGAACGGCAACGAUGUUUUCAGGGUCGAAAACGGACGACGGCAAGAUCAUCUGAGAAUAAUAAAACGACACCGUCUUGUUCUGUUUUCAAAUGUCCGCCCAUCUUCGAGAAAGCAAAUGAGAAGGACAACUCCGAAGAAAUCACAAAUACAAAUCCGAUGCCUGAAAAUUCUAAAACAAGAUUUGCAUUAAGUGGAACGAUUCCUUGUAAAUUUGAAGGUUCUACUUACUCCUUUCGACCCCCUGAAUCGAGCUCUGUUGCUAAUGAUAAAUCAAUCAAGAAAGAAAAGAGGGAUGAAAAAUCAGUUCAAAAUACAUCUACUCCAUCACAAAUAAUAGUGUCUCGCCUUCUGAAGGGUAUACCUCAAAGCCCACAUUUUUGGCCCCUAAGAGGCUACUCUGAACCGGCAAAGCAAAGCUUGAUCAUUGCAUGGGAUCAAAUAUUCGAAAAGACCGUCGAUAAAAUCAAAAAUGUACAAAUCAAUUGUUUUUGCAUCGAUGCCAAGAUAUUGUGGGAGACUUUACAAGAACUACAAAUGAUGGGUUACUAUGUCUUACCACUAAGAAGAAGAUUGGUUGAGCUUUUGGAUGUAAUGCUAAGCAAAAUGAGGCAUGAACGUAAGAAAAUGAGGUUGAGGAAGAAGGCCGAGGAACAUAUGAUCGAGAAAGAUAGGUUCAAGUUCAAGAUUUUAAUGUUGAAAGCGAAGGCUGAAGCGGAAAAAGUUUGUUUUGAGGAUGCCAUGGCUAAAAUUAGUAAGAUGGAUGAUGAGAUGCCAAGUUUUGAUGCUUGUUUUAGUAAGCUAGCUAUUAAGCAACUAUGAUUUCACUAGAGUUUGCUUGGAUAAUUGUACAUUUUUUUUGGUUCUGGGUUUGGAUGAUCUACUUUUUGAUGUGCCCAGAUUCAGAAGAGGAAAAUUUGAACAAAAUAAGCUCUUUUUUUAAAAAAAAUGUCGAAGUGAACUUGUAAAUUUUAUUUUUUAAAAUAAGUCUUUUCCGAUCCAAGCCUAAGGAAUGAUAUUGUUUGUUGUGAGAAACAAUGGGCAAUUACUAAAAUUGAGUCAAAAAGUUAGCAACAGCAAUCGUCCAUUGUACUAACAACGAGCAAUUGUUGGGCUAACUUUUUGACUCAAUUUAAUAAUUGUCCGUUGUUACUACCAGUGAACAGUAUCAUUCAACUUGAAAAAUAAAAUUAUCACAAGUUUAAUUUGGGAAUUUUUGUAAGAAAAAAGCUUAUUUUAUUCGAAUUUUCCUCAUAAAUCGAGCUUGAAUGUUAACUCUUGAAGUAGCGUCUCAAGUUGCAAUAAGACAUUCAACUGUUUUGAACUUGCGUUCUUGAAAUCGGUUAUGGUAAAACUGAC